CCACGGACGUGCUCCAAAAGCCAUAGCCCGCGCUGGCAAGAGCCUGAUCAGUCAGAACAAAGUGAGACCACGCCCGCAAGUUGCGGUACGGCGCAGCCAAUCCCGCAUGGGCAGUCUCUUGGUUUCGAAAUCAUCAUGAACGUUGAUUCCCAUUCCGCAUCAACAGCUCAACAGCAACAGAGCACCGCAACGGGACAAGCGUCGGGUGGUGCUCAUGAAACGACACACACAGCGCCAUCUCCUCAACCUCUGAGACAUUGCCUGGAGCUUUGCAUCCCGCCACCAGCUUAA